CCUCCGGACGCACGGAUGGGCCGCGCGGCCGCCGGCCACCCGGGACGCUGCAGGCAGCGUGGCGGGUCCCCGGGAGGCCGGCGACGGCGUGAAUCUCGACGCCAAAGUCCUCGGAAGCGUCCGGGCCCUCGGAGGAGGAGGAAAGCUCGCGGGUGCCGCCGCAGGAGGGCACGCCCUCGCAGGACGGAUCAGUCUCCUGAGCCCUUCAAUCUCAAGCCUCUGCUACAGGAGCCUUCCCAGGACAGCAACUGCGCCGAGCUCCUGGGCUCGUGCGCAUCCCGUGAUGAUUGGCGCUGUGCGCGCUCCAUGCACGAAUUCGCAGCCAAAGACAUCGACGGUCACAUGAUUUGCCUGGAUAAGUACAAGGGUUUCGUGUGCAUCGUCACCAACGUGGCCUCGCAAUGAGGCAAAACCGACGUAAACUACACUCAGCUAGUUGAUCUGCAUGCCCGAUAUGCUGAGUGUGGUUUACGAAUCCUGGCCUUCCCCUGCAACCAGUUCGGGAAGCAGGAACCAGGAAGUAAUCAAGAAAUCAAGGAGUUUGCAGCCGGCUACGAUGUCAAGUUUGACAUGUACAGCAAGAUCUGUGUAAAUGGGGACGAUGCCCACCCACUGUGGAAAUGGAUGAAAGUCCAGCCCAAGGGCAGGGGCAUGCUGGGAAACGCCAUCAAAUGGAACUUUACCAAGUUUCUCAUUGACAAGAAUGGCUGCGUGAUGAAGCGCUAUGGUCCCAUGGAAGAGCCCCUGGUGAUAGAGAAGGACCUGCCGUGCUAUCUCUAGCCCUACAAGUGUGUGCCCCCACCGAGCCCCCCUGCCCUGUGACCCCUGGAGCCUUCCACCCCGGCACUCAUGACGGUCUGCCUGAAAACCAGCCUGCUGGUGGGGCAGUCCCGAGGACCUGGCGUGCAUCCCUGCCGGAGGAAGGUUCAGAGGCCUGUGGCCCCAGGCUCGAGCUUCACCUGGCUGCCUUGUGGGAAUAAAAUGUAGAAAUGUG